AAAAAACGGCCGACUUUAUUGUCACUUGACUUGAAAGCAAAGCACCCAAAUAAACACAAAAUAUAGCAAUUAUGUUAGAAAGCUCCCUCUAUUUGAAAAUGAUGAUAAGAAAUUGACUAGUAGAGCAUCUCACAUCCACUAAACCAAUCCUUAACGAUCUCUUACCUUCAAAGCCAAGCACACACAAAGGGCCUUCACUAGUCAUCAUAACCCAUCAAACAUCACUACCAAAACAUAAAUGUUAAGAACACCUUUCAAUCCCUUCUCACACACAAAAUCCUCCACCAUGCUCAUCCUCUUUGUCUUCCUCCUCCUCUCCUUCACCUCACGCACCGCCUUCUCCACCCAUUGCACCACCGUCACCGCCACCAAAACUUUCCAAAAAUGCAUGACACUCCCUACCCAACAAGCCUCCAUAGCAUGGACUUUCCACGCCCAUAAUGCCACUCUAGACCUUGUUUUCUUCGGAUCCUUCAUUUCACCAUCCGGGUGGGUCGGGUGGGGAAUUAACCCUUCAUCCGCUCAAAUGACCGGAACCCGUGCCUUAAUAGCAUUCCCGGAUCCAAAUUCGGGCCAAUUAGUAUUGUUACCUUAUAUUCUUGACCCGACCGUCAAACUCCAAAAAUCGCCAAUCCUCUCUACCCCUCUCGACGUGCACCUCAUCUCCUCCGCCGCCGCCUUGUACGGUGGAAAAAUGGCCACCAUUCACAACGGUGCGGCGGUCCAAAUCUUCGCUACAUUAAGACUUGUACCAAACAAAACGAAAAUUCACUGCGUGUGGAACAGGGGACUCUACGUCCAAGGCUUCUCCCCCACAAUCCACCCAACAACCUCCAACGAUCUCUCCUCAAUUGCCACCAUCGACGUCUUGUCCGGCUUCACGGCGGGCCAACACACCAAUGUCAAAACCCUAAGAACCGUUCACGGAGCCAUAAACGCCGUUUCGUGGGGUAUUUUGCUUCCAAUUGGGGCUGUUACCGCAAGAUAUUUGCGUCACAUAGAAUCAAUUGGGCCUGCGUGGUUUUACGCCCACUCGGGUGUUCAACUUUUCGCUACCUUUCUGGGUACUGUUGGAUUCGCGAUUGGCAUUAGGCUUGGCGACUUAUCGGCAGGAGUGGUUUACGGGUUGCAUAGGAAGCUAGGGUUCGCGGUGUUCUGUUUGGGUUCUCUGCAGACAUUGGCGCUGUUGUUUAGGCCCAAGACUACGAACAAAUUUAGGAAGUAUUGGAAGUCUUACCAUCAUUUUGUGGGUUAUGCGUGCGUAGUUUUGGGGGUUGUGAAUGUUUUUCAGGGAUUUGAAGUGAUGGGAGCUGGCGGGUCUUAUGCCAAGUUGGCUUAUUGCUUGUGCCUUUCGAGUUUGAUAGGGGUGUGCAUAGCUUUGGAGGUGAAUUCUUGGGUGGUUUUUUGUAGGAAGUCGAAGGAGGAUAAGAUGAGAAGAGAAGGAUUGAUUACUGGUUCUGAUAAAGGGAGUGAGAGUCGCCAUAGCCAUAGUUGAUGAAAUUGAUCGGAGGAGAAAAAUUAUUGUUUUUGCUUAAACUUUUAUCAAGUCCUAAAUGAUCAAUUUUGUGUUAAUUGUCGGAAUUUCACAUCCUUUCGAAGAUCAUCUGUAUUUUAUUCAGAUUGAAAAAUAAAAGAAAAAUAGAAUGUCAAGAAUGGGAUUCGAACCCAAACAAUCUGUAUUUUAUUCAGAUUA